AUGGGCAGCCACUUGAAGAAGGAGAAGGUGUUCAUCUAUGGCCAUGUAGACUGCAACAUUGCAGUGAUGAAAGGAAAAGAUGUUGCAACCUUAAUGGUACCAAAAGCUUCGGGGUGUUCACAAAUUCCCCCAAAAAUCACUAGAGUUGACGCUGCAAAUAUCAUCACACCAGAUCAACCCCAGACACAGCCAGAUGAUGAAGACCUAAAUGAUCUUCAAGAAGACUUAUGUCGGCCAGCACCAGCUCCUCAAAGUCCUUGCUGGUAUCCCCUUGCAUGGAGAACUGGUUUCCCUCGCUCUUUCACUCUCACUGAGCUUGAAGAGAUAACAAAUAGGUUUGGCGAUGAGAAUAUUGUUUUAGACCACGGGGACAUCAAACUUUACGACGGGAUCCUGCAGGAAACACCUGUUUUAGUCCAGCGUUUCUCUGGAAAUGAUCAAGGCAAGUUCUGGUCAGAAUUCAAGAUCCUCUCCCGUGUCCGCCAUCGCAAUAUCAUGAACCUUGUUGGAUACUGCUGCACUGGCUCUUGUUUGUUCUUGCUCUUCGACUACCCAUGUAUGGGUAGCCUUGAAGUGAACCUCCGACACAAUGCUGUUACUAGGAAGAAGAUGAUUUUGAAAUCAGGUUUCAUUAUGUAUGAAGUUGAAGAUAAGGCUGAGAACCUCUCAUGGAGAUUAAGGUGGUAUAUUGCUCAAGAAAUAGGAGUAACUUUGCGCUAUCUUCAUGAGGAAUGUGCUGAUGGACCCAUUGUACACCUGUCUGUUUGCUCCUCUAGUAUAGUAUUUUCUCACGGUUGCUCUACCAUGCUAUGCAACUUCUCAACGGCUAAGUUGCUCAAGGAUGAUACUCCCUUCAAUGAAGCUUCACAAGCAGAAUGCCCCAAGGUAGAGCAAGACGAGUACCUUUCUGCUGAUGUACACGAUUAUGGGGUGCUCCUCUUGGAGCUCAUAGCUGGAAAGAGUGCCAGUGACUUUGAGGCACAAGGCAGUGGACAGUCCUUGAUUGAUUGGGCACUGCCACUUCUGGAAAAUGAUUCCCUCGGUGAAGUGAUGGAUCCCAGAAUAGCGGAUACUGAUGAUGUUAGGCUGGUCCAUCAUAUGGCACGAGCUGCACUGUUCUGCCUGAAAAACGAUUCCGGUCGGAGGUUAUCUAUAAGUGAGGUGUUAGCAGUGGUUCGAGGUGAUAAAGGGUGGAUAUCUAAGUACCCACAUUGUUGAAAAGGGAUUGUAGAUUGGUGUGGUUUAUG